AACAAGCCCUUCAGCUAUCAAGUUUGUUGUAAUUCUCUCACUUGUGAAAAGUCUCCAUCAACGUGCACAUCAGGUCUAAACUAAAGAGUAUAUUUCUCCGAUACUUCAGGAGAUUCUGAUGAGUCUGCUGAGCAAUAAAACGCGUUAAUGAGAAUUUAAUAUCAAAUUUGCAUUUAUUGUUUUAUAACAUCUUGUCAAACCCAGUUAAAAAGUAACCGUGUGAGGCAGAGGUUUGGCAGUAUAACGUUUAUGGUGCGGUUGUUGUACACCGUCUUCUGGACUUUGUGUGUCAAAUGUGAUGUGCACACUAAACUAUAAUCAACACGUCUUUAAGGUUUUUAUAGACGCCUGAAGCUCCUGUUGCACAACUUGUUUACAUCCCACAGACAGUUUAUGUUGAAGAAACUAAUUGUGUGUUUGUAUUGAUGUUGUUUUGUACUGUGUGAUAUGACUUCUUUGGGCCUUGAGCUCACAGAAUUUCUACCAUUUUCAACAAUUAUUAUUUUAUUUAUUUGAGAGAAGGCACAGUGCAAAUCAACCAAAACACAUGGUAGAAACAAAAUGCCAGAAUUAGCCGAAAGGCUAUUUUUCAUCUGUUGUCGCCGGCGAAGGUGUUAAAAAAAAAUAGACUUCCUUAAAUACAUCAAAACAGAAACAGGGUGUGCAGGUUAAGGUUAGAAAAGGACACAGUUGUUAAAAGCAGUAGUGACAUAUAUACAUAUGUAUUUUAUAUUUGGUUACUGAAAGAUCUAUAAGUGUUUUACUACACCCUCUUGAACCACAAUUUAACAUAUUCUGUUAGAUCCCCCCCCCCAAAAUUAAUUAAUUGUGCAUUGAUGGAAGUGCUUUGAUUAUUUAUUUUAUCUAGUGCAUUGAGUGCUUGUUUGGAUGGAGGCUCGAGUGGUUUCAGCCCACCGUUGUUGGCCUGUGACCAGCUUGUUAAACUGUAGUUCAGAUGAGUGAAUAUCAUAGAAUGUGGAAACAUCUCAGCAGCCUCUACAGACAUGUGGCUUCUAGUGAAUCACACAUUUGCAACAUUGAACUGGUUUGUUUUUUUAAAACUUUCAACUUAAAGGAGAGGUUGGAGUCGCACACAAAAUGUCCUUUUAAUCUCUUGGUUACGUAAGUCAAUUGUUUUUCUAAAACACAUUCAGUCUAUUGACUCGAGGUGUUUUACAUUAAAAUGCAUUUUGCAAAAAAAUGACAUGCCUAUGAAAAUAAUUGUUGUUUUUUAACCUUUUUCUAUUGUCAAAUUCAUGUUUGUUAUUAUGAAUUGCUAAUUUUGGUGAUAUAAAAUUCUAAUGUUUUAUUUGCACACUGUGGUAUCAAAAUAGCCCGCUUUGUUUUUAGCCAUUUAACUUGUGUUUGGUGGCAAACUGCAGCAGAUUGUAAAGUAGAAAAUGAGUCAAGAGAUCAAAUGUCUGUCAUCUGUGUUUUACUGCUUUCAGUCUUUGGACCCUGGCUGGAUGCUGAAAAGAGGUGAACCAGAGAGAUGAUGCUCAGAGGUCUGAUGACUGGCAGCUAGAGCACAUCUUGCACACUCCUGCAAAGGUUCAGGAGAGUUUGGAGAAAAACGUAAAGCUGUUAGGGAUGCGUAGAAACACAGCUUGAGGGGUGAACAUAGAAAAGUGAAAAUGGACGGAACACAAAGAAUGUUCCUGCAGCUGCUCAGCUUCGCUGCUCUUCUUGCUUGUGGUAAGUCUCUUCUUCAUUUCAUUUGUCAAGAUAUGAACCUGAGAGCACCGGUUUUAGUUUUUGGAAUAAAGAUAUAAAGGGAAGACAAAAUAAAAACAAAGUGUGUCAACAAAGAAAAAACAUGAAAUAUUACCUGAAAGUUGUGCUUUUAAUAUGUUGUGAGGCAGCUGUUGGCGACAUCGAUUUAAUGACUUGUGCUUUGUGCUGUUUAUUUCAAGAAAUUAUUUUGAAAGUGCGUGCAGCUCCUACAUGAAAAUUUGUUUUGGCAUACAAAUACCAUUUACAACAAAUAAACAAUAGAUUAUACGUGAGACUUCUCAACCGUAGUGCUUAUUAGUUCUUUGUUGUUUAACAAUUUACUUUCUGUCAUUUUGAAUAAGAUUAACUACUAAACAUGUGAAGAAAAGCUCUCUAGACACUUGUUUCCUUUACUACCAAUUGUCUUAGAUUAUUUAAAUUGCAGACCAUAAUAUAUUCAGUGUUCUGAAGCAUUCGUAUCAGUGGUCCAUCCAAGCGGAUGAGUGUUCUAGUUUAGUCCUUAAGGCACUGAUGUUUGGUUUUUCUUAAGGAUCACUGAUUGGCAGCACGUUGUUUUCAGAUGGAGAGUCAAUUGUGAAGAAGUUCAACUUUGCAUCUUGUGGUCUUUCAACUCAUUCCAGAUGCGUGCAAAUCAUGUGAUUCUAUAGCGUCCUGCUGAAGUUGUUAAAGUCAAACAUUAUCCAAAAAGAUUUGUGUGAGAGUGGAGCGACAUGGCUGGACUGUGGAUCUGUCAUGGGACUUUUAUGAUUGAUGGCCAUUCAAAUGAUUCACCAGCUUGUGACAUUUCACAUCAACUUUUUUACAAAUGAAACAUGAAAAGUAAUCAAAGUAUUUACAUUUUAAUUUGUUUUAAAUUGACCAUUACACUUUAAUCUUAGUGUCUCAUUGAGAAUUGUGGUGGUAGUAGGUGAGUAGAGUAGUAUUUUUGAUGUGCUGCCUCUCAUAUGUGUGGUUUUUAUUCAAUAUAUCAUGUUUUUCGAGAAAUAUGUGCACACUAACAGUAUGUUGUAUUGCUGCGUUUACAGCCCAGAGCCAGUGUCAGCAAGGCUGGAGGGAGUAUGAGAAUAAAUGUUACUUCUUUUCAACUGAUUCAAAGUCAUGGCUGGAGGCAAACGCCUUUUGUUUGGAGCAGAACUCCAACCUGAUGAGCAUUCUGGACAUUCAAGAGAGGUUGUGGGUAAGGACACAGAUUGGCGAAAUGAUCUACUGGAUAGGCCUGAAUGACAAAGGCUCAGAGGGAGUCUACGAGUGGAGUGAUGGGAGCCCUUUCAUAGAAUACAUAUCAUACUGGAUGGCAGGCCAGCCUGAUAACUGGGGCGAUGAACCCGGGGAGGACUGUGGUCAGGUGAUAGGAUCAAACUUUGGACAGUGGAAUGACGAGAACUGCACCAUUGAGAGGAGAUAUAUCUGCAAGCACAACAACCCAAAUCCUGGCCCACAGUGUGACUUAGCAAGCGGCUGGAGACAGUUCAUUUCCAACUGCUACAAGCUGAAAGCAGAUACCAGGAAGAACUGGGCGGCAGCGAGACAUGACUGUGUGCAGGAAGGAGGAGACCUGGCAUCCAUUAUCUCAGCAGAAGAGGAGCAGUUUGUCACAGGAACAAUGGACGCAUCAUGGAUUGACCUCUGGAUUGGGCUUUCCACACUGAAAUGCAACAAGAUUUCCUGUCAAGUUGAAGCAGGAAGCGAUGUGUACACCUGGUCUGAUGCUCUCCCUCUGGGGACUUACAUAAACUGGGCUGACGGUGAACCGACGGGCGAUACACAGGCUGGCGCAUGUUCUGCAAUCGUCAAAGAUUCAUCAGGCGAAUUUGGGAAAUGGAAAUCCCAUGUGUGCAGAUAUGAGCGUCCUUACAUGUGUAAACGACCACUGAACACCAUCUGCCCUGCUGGCUGGCUGAGCUUCGCUGGCAGUUGUUACUGGCCGGUCAGUAAUGUCAAUCUGUUGACCACCUGGCACGAGGCCCUCACCAAGUGCUCUGAUAUAGGGGCCCACCUGCUGAUUAUAAACAGUAAAGAGGAACAGUUCUUCAUAAACGGAAAACUUCCAGACUUUCACCAAGUGGACAUUCCUGACAUCUGGAUCGGUUUAUCAGAUAAGGACCAGGACGGGGAUUUCAAAUGGGUGGAUAAAACAGCGAUAACCUUUUCCAACUAUGGUCCUGGUUGGCCCAAAAACACUGCCGGCACCUGGGACUGUGGACAAAUCUACACAGGAAAAUAUGAAGGAAAAUGGGAAACAACCAACUGCUUCAAGAGCCUGGGUUACAUUUGUGAGAUGACAGGUGGACAGAACAUCAAACCUACUUCAGCUCCCGAGUCCCACUGUGACCCUGGGUAUUUGUUGUACGGGGACUUCUGCUAUCAUUUUCAGAGUGAGUCGGUGAAAAACUGGCAUGACGCCGAGGCUCACUGUAGCAGAGAGCAGGGUCACCUUGCCAGCUUCCACUCAGAGGCAGAGCUCAGUUUCUUAACUGCUCACAUGCCAGGGGAGUCCUGGGUGGGUUUGAAUGAUAUCAAUGUUGAAAACCACUUUGUAUACACGGAUGGAACUCCUUCAGACCCCCCCCUCCCAUGGGCGCCCAGCCAGCCAGACAACUGGGAGGGUGACGAGGACUGUGCGCACCUCAGAGGGAUGACUCACCCUGAGCACCCUGGGAAACUCAAUGAUGAUUUCUGCACCUCCACAAGGGAUUAUAUCUGCAAAAAAGCCAAAGGACAAGGACCUCCUCCCCAGCCCCCGACAUCUGGACCAGGGUGGAAUGAGAAAUGCGGCUCUUGGAUGUCUGACCCCUUUAACGACUACUGCUACCUGUUUAACUACCUGUCGAUGAGGCCAUGGGCAGAGGCUCGAGCCGACUGUGUGAACCAGGGAGGAGACCUCAUCAGUAUCACCGAUCCCUUCGAACAGGCCUUCAUACAAGGUGUGAUCCAGUUGAGUCCCACAGGUAUCUCUCUGUGGAUGGGCGGCCAUGACUCCGUCACUGAGGGCGGUUGGGAGUGGACAGAUGGUGCUCCUUUCAGAUACAUUCACUGGAAUGCAGGUAACCCAGACAACUAUAACGGUGAAGACUGCCUGUCUAUACUAAUUAACAACGGCUACUGGAAUGACGACAACUGUCUGAACAAAAGAGGAUAUGUCUGCAAACGGAAAGGAAACACACCUGAGCCUCCUCCACCUCAUGAUGGUUUCAUGACGGCGCUGGUGUGCCAGGACUCCUCUGCUGUCCUUCACUGUCCGCCCGAAAGUGUAAUUAACAUCCAGUCGGCUUUCUAUGGACGAAAGAGUGAUACGGUCUGUCCACACUUGGGUGGAUCAGAAGGAAGCUGCACUGUGCAAGGUAUCCUUCCUGGCUAUAGAAAGCGGUGUGACAACCAUCCCUACUGCUUUGCGUACGCCCAUACGGAAGUGGACCCCUGUCCCACAAUCUCCAAGUACCUUGAGAUCGUCUACAGCUGUGAACAAAAAGUGUGUCUGCACGGCCUGGGAGUCGAGGACAGGAAUAUCACGGACACUCAGCUCGCCGCUUCUUCCUCCAUUGGUGCCUUCACUCCCAACAAAGCCCGUUUGAAUGGAAAUUCCUGCUGGAUGCCUUCAGGAAUCCCAACCUCAAGCUGGAUCCAGGUAAACCUUGGCCAGACCAGAAAAGUAACAGGAAUAGUAAUCCAGGGUUGUCCUCAAAACGAAUACUGGCUUACCAAAUUCAAGAUCCAGCACAGUAUGGACGGAACGAGCUGGACUGACUACACUGCUGACGGGCAGGUGAGUAAACACAGACCUGACAAACUUGAACAUGACAGAGAAGUCCAGAGACUUCCCGGUUCAAACGCAAACUGUGAAGACGGGGAACAGGUAGUUAUUUUUUAUUUCCAUCAUUUCCAGUUUUUCCAAGGCUCAACAGACAGAAACAGUCCUGUAACUCAGCUGCUGGGGACACCCGUGUCAACUCAGUACGUCCGCAUCCUCCCAGUGGAGUUCAGUGGUCAGGCAGGCCUUCGCUUGGACGUGUUAGGAUGCACACCGGACUAUGCUAUCGCAUGCGGCAAUGAACCCAACUUCAACUUUGCCAACGAUAAAAUGACUGUCCAUUGUCCAUCACAUUGUGCCAAUGCUUAUCACAGAGUGUACGGCACGUCAGUAUAUCGUGGGGACUCGAACAUCUGUGCUGCAGCUAUCCAUGCUGGAGUGAUAUUAAAUGAUGUUGGAGGAGACUGUACUUUGUUGAAAGUGGCGGGACAGGACUUCUAUCCCGGCUCCACCAGGAACGGCAUCACCUCAUUUCAAUAUGAUGGAAACUAUGCUGUGUCUUACACUUUUGCAGAUGGGGAGCUGAGGUGUUCAGGGCCUGACUGGUAUGAGUUUGGAGAGUUCUGCUACAAACCUUUUGGAGACAAAAAGACGUGGCAUGAUGCCCAGGACACUUGCAGGACUCUGGGUGCUGAACUCGUAUCCAUCCUCUCGAUGACGGAGCAGAGCUGGCUGGAAAGCUACCUGUACAUGGCCACCACUGACGUGUGGACUGGUCUGAAUGACCUGUUUGUGACUGGUAUGUUCACCUGGUCUGACGAGCACAUAGUGACCUUCACUUACUGGGCUCCAGGGGAGCCCAACAACCACGAUGGCUUCGCUGAAGACUGUGUUGAGAUGUUACACCAGACUGGACGAUGGAACGACGUGUCCUGCACCGAGCUCAAUACCUACAUGUGCAAAAUGCCCAAAGAUCAUUAUCCAGUGCCCUCUGUGAAACCCACUGUGUACGGAUGCCCUCAGGGCUGGGAUGCAUACGGCUACUCCUGCUACUGGAUGGAGGAGAGCACCAGGAGCUGGUCGGACGCUAAGGAUUUCUGUAAAGAGCAGGACGGCUUCUUGCUGCACCUCGGAGACGUUUAUGAGCAGGCACAUUUUACAGUGACACUGUCGGGAAAGACCGGUUUGUGGUGGACUGGCCUGCGUGCUCAAGGAGGCUCUAGUGGAGGGGUCGACUACAUCUGGGACCAAGGCUCACCCCUCACCUUCACUCACUGGGACAAAGACCAGCCAGAUAACGGGGAUGGUACUUGUGUGGCUAUGACAACGGGUGUGAUCGGUGGUUUCUGGGAUGACAAGCAGUGCUUAGAGGAACACGCCUUCGUCUGUGAAAAAUUCAGGCCCGACAUCACCCCGCCCACCAAGUCCCCGACUCCUCCGCCUGCACAGGGCUGUGUUACUGGGUGGACAGCACUGCCUCACUUCAGAAACUGUUACCGGCUCUUCCACAAUGUGGACUGGUCCAUGAAGAAAAGCUGGGGAGCAGCACACGAGGACUGUGUCACCAGAAGAGCUGAUCUGGUCAGCAUCCACAACCAGGAGGAGGAAGAGUUCCUAGCUCUAUACAGCAAAGGCACCAGCAAGUGGAUCGGCCUCAAGCACAACCCUACAGAAGGAGGCUAUUCUUGGAGCGAUGGCACACCUCUCUCGCACACCAACUGGGGUCCCGGGGAGCCCAACAACCACGAGGGCCGCGAGGAAUGUGUAGAGAUGGUGAGCAACACCAACGGGACCCACGCGUGGUGGAACGAUCUCAACUGUGACGCUCACCAGGACUGGAUAUGCAUGAUUGCUAAAGGAAAGAACCCCGUCCUGCCCCCAGUGCCCCCACCUCCACUCCCAGCUCCUGAUUGUGGUACGAACCCCGGCUGGAGGAAGAACAACAACAUCUGCUACUACUACAACGACACCGACAUAGUGGACUUCCACACCGCUAUGCACCACUGCUACCAGGAAAAGGCCUCACUCGUCUCCAUCCACACCAGAGACGAGCAGGCAUACGUUAACACCAUGGUGGGGACGGGCGAGGUUGCUGCAGCUUGGAUUGGAAUGGCAAUGUUUGGCGUUGCAAGUGGACAAUACAUGUGGGUGGACUUCUCCCCUGUGACAUACACUCACUGGGGUCCGGGUGAGCCCAACAACGCCAAUGGGGAGGAGCAGUGUGUUCAGAUGAACAGACAUCAAGGUGGAUGGAAUGAUGCCAAUUGUGGUCGGGCCGGAGCAGGUUACGUCUGUAAGAAGUCCCCUGGAGAUAGCCAUACUCCUCCUCCACCCACACAGCCCUGGGAGGGCCACUGCCCUGCAGGUUGGAUGCGUUUCAACAACAAGUGCUUCAUGUUCAAAGGGAAGAAAGAUGACAUUAAAGCGAACUGGACUUCUGCCCGGAGCUGGUGCAAAGACCAAGGAGGAGAGCUGGCAGUUAUUGAUAACCAGUACGAGAAUGACUUUGUCUCUAGUUACCUGAGGGACCUGGAGCUUCCCACGUGGAUCGGCCUGUCGGAUCUCUUGCUAGAGAAUCAGUAUGCCUGGAGUGACGGGGUUAGCCCUGUGCUGUACACCAACUGGAAUGAUAAGGAGCCCAACAAUGCAGGAGGAGCAGAACACUGUGUGGCGAUGGCUCACGGACCCCUGAUGAGUGGCAGGUGGAACGAUCACGGCUGUCAUAAGGAUCAGAGCUUUGUCUGCUCCAGGAAGAAAUCAAGCAGCAUCGACCCUCCACCCCCAACCAAGAGCCCCUGUCCGGAGGGCUACAUCUCCUGGUACCGGAACUGCUACAAGCUGGUGGAGGAGCCGGCGACGUGGGACGCGGCCCAGGCGGCCUGUGAGCAGCAGGGAGGCGACCUGGCCAGCAUUGACAUGAGCUAUGACCAGGCCUUCGUCGCUGGAGUGGUCCUGCAGGGCAAAGCUGACGCCUGGAUCGGACUCAGGCGCAAGGAAGAUGGCUCCUACUCAUGGACAGAUGGCUGGCCAGUUUUUUUCACUCAGUGGGGACCAGGAGAGCCCAGCAACAUCAAGGAUGAGGGCUGCGUUAGCAUGCACGCCUCACGUGCGUUCCACGGGACCUGGAACGACACCAAGUGUGACCAAGCUAAACCCUACGUCUGCAAGAUCUCCUCAGAGCAACCGCCGCCGACUCCCGCCCCUGGUGAUGGGCAGUGUCUGCCGUUCUGGAUUCCCUACGGCCGCUUCUGUUACUACGUGUACAACGGUCAGCAGGGUUUCUCUUGGCCGGACUCCCUACACUACUGCCAGACGGUCAAGGCAAGUCUGGUGUCCAUCCACAGCAGAGCGGAGGUGGAGUUCAUCAGGAACAUGAACUACACCAAAUACCACCACAUAUGGAUCGGGCUCACCAGGGACCGCAACUUUGGCUGGGGCUGGACAGAUGCCACGUCUUUGGGCUUCCUCAACUGGGCUCCCGGUGAACCCAAUGAAGCCUUUCACCCUGGGGACGUGGCCGAGGAGAACUGUGUGGAGAUGUACCAGGACGGACGCUGGAAUGACAACAACUGCCUGCAGAAGAGAGGCUUUGCAUGCCGCCACCGCCAGUACUAUACAACAGAUGAUGGCGGUGACCCAAUUUUCCCCACUGAUGGUCCAGAUGUGAGCAAUGUCAUAUUUGUUUGUACAGAUGGAGGGGUGAUCGCCGGCGCCGUCAUUGCAGCCAUUGCGAUUUUCAGCUUGAUAGCUGGACUGCUGUUCUACGUCUUCAGUGUCCGGGGAUACAAACUGAGCGUCCCGAGUCUGCCAACAAGAACAACCACUGCCGUCGAUGUGCCUGCUUUCAGCAACCCCAAUUUCGCAGGAGAAUCAGACACAUAAACAUUGAAUAAGUCAUUCAAGUUUUGUACAGUAAAUUUACUUUUUUUUUUUUAAAUAAAUCAGUGAUAAUAGUCUCCAAAGUGCUUUAAGAUUCAACUCUAUUGUACAGUAUGUAUUGUUAUGCACCAAUAAAAAUAAGAUGUAUUAAUCUUUUGUUCUCGUGCAGCAGUUUAGAAAAUUUGUAUAUUUAAUUCACUGUUCAUGUUCUUUACUGACCUUUACCACUAAAGUGUAAUUCUUGUUUCCUUUGAGAAAAACAAGAGUAAAAAAAAAAAAAUAAAUUGACAAAACAUUUAUUUCCAGUGUUUAUUCAUCUCUGUACACUGCAACACAAAUUCUUUACAUAUUUCACAAAAGGAAAAAAGCAUCCUUCAAAGAUGUUUCUGAACAAGUAUUUGUCAAGAAGUGUAAACUUGCAGAGUAAUUCAGAAAUGAAGAACAAACGAUCGAGGAUGAUGGAAAUAAAGCCACAAGUUGCAAAAGACAAGAAACAGUUGAAGUUGCACUAUUUAUGAAUGUCAAAAUGACCUUGUGUGCAGCGUUGACAUUUUAGGAAACUUUAAAGAUCAUUUCUUUAGACGCCAGAUGAUGAUGAUGACGGGUACAUAAGUAUUCCCAAAUGCCGUGGAGUCAGUGUACUUGCUCCUUGAAAAUAAAAUAUCACUUUGUCAUUUAUGUGAGAAAAUAAAGUCAGGAACACUUUUGUGAUCCUGGUUUAGCCCUUUUAUGAUGUAAUGACAGACUGAAUUAACAAGCGAAACAUUUCACACCCAAUGGUACUCAUUUCAACACGCUAAUCUAAAGCAAUGUUUCUUUUCUCACAUUAUUUCAUACCGAUUUUCUUUGUAUCCCCUGUGAAACUAAUAACUACAUCAACGCCUCACUAAAAAAAAAAAAAAAAAAAAAAAAAAAAAAAACUACAACCAACAAAACCCAUGCGUUAUUGCUUCUAAUCAAAGUUACACCGAACAAGAGAGAAGACGAGCACAGCCCUGCCGGUCUUUGGAACACGGUGUUCUUUUGUCCAGUAAUGCUCUGAAGUGAACUACAAAUACUCAAAAGUGCAUUCGUUAGUAACCGGUUGUUUGGCCUUUUAUUCUACUCGCACAGAUUUAGUAAACAAUGCAACUCAACGAAAGUGUGGAGAAACAGAGGAAAGCAGCUUCCUGGUGCAAAAACAAAACAAAGGGAACACUGCUGUAGUUUGAUAUCUGUUGAAAGACUGUGCUGGUCCCACUAUACUUUAAAAAGGUAACUCAAACUGACUAACGCGGCCAAUGUCAUCGACUACAUCCACCUCUACACUCAAGGAAAGUCAGGGUUGUAAAAUGCCCCCCCACCUUUUUUUUGUUCUUGCAAGUAUUUAAGAUGUUUACUGAACUAUGAUGCUUGUAUAACUCAUUCGAUGGAGGGCACAAGUGCACAUUUUUUUAACAGGAUGACAAGAAUAAAAUAUAA